AUGAAGAACUCAAAGAAGAGCAAUCCAAAGCAUAUCCGGGACUCCGCAAUGGAGGUUGAUGACGGAAAGUCGUCCAGCACGGCAGUGACCACUGACUCGGACGACAUCGCCAGCGACACUAUGACACUCGUCGACUUAUUUUCUGACCUAGCGGUCGGCGACCUCUUUGAAGCCAACAAUGACAAUCUCACUUCGGCUGAUUCUUCCGCUACACCAAGCUCAGAAGUCAGCACCGACAACCAGUCCACUCCCAGCGCGGAUGCCAGUGGCAGUGAAAUCGACCUCAAGACCUCCGGAAAGAAGAACAGGAGCUGCCAGAACCAGAAGAAGGGCAAAGUUUCGGACACCGAGAGCGAUUCUGGCAUUUCAGCGGACACGUCUUCCGCAGAAGCCAUCUCAAGCACCGGCGAGUUUACGUCAUCUCAAGCCAAAAGCGCGGAGGUAGCCAUGGCCCAAUCAAUCACAUCUGGGGGAGCCACCUCGAAUGAGUCCAGCACUUCCGGCGUCGCGUCCCCCGAGAGCGGAGGCGCCUCAUCCAGUACGCAGUCGCCCAACAAAGGCCAUUGGACGCCGUCAGAAGACGCUCUCAUCAUCAGUAUGAAGGAGGGCGGCGAGGGCUGGGCCUCCAUUGGCAAGGCCAUCAACCGGGGCAAGAAUGAGGUCAAGAGGCGAUGGCACGUGGCCAAGGCCAACGCCGCGAACUCCGAAUCCGGAGGCGACGCGCUGACUGAGACGGAGUCUGAAGGGGAGAACGGCCAGACAGCAUCCACGGCCGACAGCAAGACCGAUCAGAGCCAUGGUGAUAACACCGACAAACGCCAGGAGGGGCACAAGGCCGACAACAAGCUCAUAUCCAGAGCCGAGCGAAAGGCCGAGCGCAAAGCUGAGCAGCGGAAGAACAAGGACAACGCGACGUCGGAUGACAAGACCAAGGAACCCAAGAAGUCUCACCCCAGGCCCAAGCAACCCAAGCGGGAGGCCGAGGAGCAGCAGCCCUCAAAGGCUUCAGAAGCUCCCAGCACUCCGAAACCCUCCUCAUCCAACUCCGUCGGCGACUCCCCCAGCUCGUCCCUCCGCAGCCGGCUCGCCCUCCUCCGCGACACAACCUCGGCAUCCUCCUCCACAUCCUCCGCUACUAGCAAUGAUGGUGACGGCGGCGACGAUGCCAGCGACUCACCCGCCAAGUGCUACCACCGCGAGCUCGCCCGUCAGGAGCGCUACAUCCGCCGUCACGUCAACCCGGCCCUCUACCCCCCUCUUCCCUACCCGCUGAUGCCCCCUCCAACCGCCUUCCGCCCGCCCAGCCACGCUGACAAGCGACAGCGACGCGACGAUAAGAUCCUGGCGUCCCUGGUAUCUCGACGGGAGGCGACAAAGUGGCUCGAGAUGCAGGCCAACUUCUACAACGUCACAGGCCGGAUGGUGCCGCUGCAUAUGAUCAAGGCGCGAUGCGAGGCCGAGGAGGUCCGUAGCAAGGUGGUGGGCGUGCGGGACUGGGCCACCUCGGUGGCGGACGGUGACGAGCUCCUGGAUCCGAACGAGGGUGCCGACGUCCCCGAGGACGCCCUUGUCGAAUACGACGAGGAGUGA